AUGGUCAGGCAGAUGGUAGUAGAAUCUGUGUAUUGCAAAAUCCUGAACGAUGGCGGUUUCCGCUCUGACGGACGCCGUCAGUACGAACUGCGAGAUAUCAAUAUUGACCUUGGGCAGCAAGGCUCGGCAGAUGGGUCGGCGUCGGUAUCGCAUGGCCUGACGCAGGUACUGGUCUCGGUGUUUGGGCCACGAGAAGCAAAGAUGCGGUCGCAGACAAUACAUGACCGGGCGAACAUCAAUGUCGAGGUCGCGGUUGCGCCGUUUAGCACGGGUGAGAGGAGAAGAAGAGGUCGUGGUGACAAGCGUAUACUGGAGUUCGCAUCGACGAUCAAGUCAACCUUCGAACCAGUCAUCCAGACAGCUCUGUACCCCCGCUCGCAGAUUGACAUAUUCGUGCAAAUCCUCCAACAAGAUGGAGGCGUCCUGCAAGCAUGUAUAAACGCCACGACCCUCGCCCUCGCCUCCGCCGGUAUACCUCUGCUCGACUUCGUCUGUGCGGUCACGGGCGGGGUACACUCCACAUCACCCCUGCUUGACCUCACAACGUUGGAAGAGAACGACGUCCCGCAUGUUACGGUUGCGGUGAUGCCCAGGACGGGGAAGGUGACGCUGGUGACGAUGGAGACGCGGUUGCACGUAGACCGAUUUGAGGAUAUUUUCCGGGUAGGCUGCGAAGCUGGGAAAGUUAUCCACAAGGAGAUGAGGGCGGCCGUCAAGGAGAGGACAAGGUCGGUCGGGAGUGGUGGUGGGCCUGAUGUAGGCGACAGAGAUGUUGUAAUGGAGGAGAGAAUGGAAGAUUACUGA